UCGUGGUUGUCGUGGCCAUAUAGCGCACAUACGGAGGCUUGGGCCGCCAUUUUGCAUUUUUCUGUCGACUUCGAUGGGCCUCGUGUCGGCUGCCCUCUGCGUCGUACCGUACCCCACGGUCCUGCUGCUCCUAGUUACGCACUAACGGUGGCAGCGCUUGACCAAGUGACACGCUGCGCGAGUUCCAGCCUUAGGCCACACUCUGGAAGAACUAUGGCUUCAUCACCCCGGGCCUGCAAAAUGUGAGGCACGCUUCGAGAGACUUUGUUGCUCCUUCUCGGCAAUUCCUCGCCCUCAUUUUCCGAACUCCCGGAAUGUAUGCAACGGCCAGCUGUCAGCCCUUGGGGCAUCCCGGUUAAGCCGGCGCAGCGUAUAAGUCGCAAGUCGCGCAGGCCGAGUACUCGUUCUUUGUGUGUGUGUGUUCCUACUCGUCGGCGACGCCUGGACCACGAACUGUGGAGGAGCAACUCUGACCGUGGCUGUUAACGGAGGACCUGCGCAGCAACCCCUGGUCACGGCGAGCGUCGUCACGGCGAGCUUCCAGACGUCGAGCGUCGUUAGCGCUCACCAGUUAAGUCCUAUAGAUGGUCCCAAAGCUGGCGAGGGUGGCGCAUGCCUUAGCUAAGUUAACUGUUGAGUUCCACUAGUUAGCGCUCGCUAGGAGUGCUUAGUUACAUUUGAAAAUUACGUAAAGUUAAUUUUGUUGCUUAACUGUAAGCCCGGCCGAGAGUUUUGUGGGCAUGGCUGCGGCCACAUGGGUCUCCUCCGUGCCGGAAUCGAAGGACGGGCCACCGUGUUCGGGGUGGCGGCGUGUGUAGCUUCAGGCUUAGCUGACACAAGGCUUAGCUCACACUAGGCAGGCUAGCUGAUAGCCGUCCUCUUUUCGACUGCGGCAGGGACAUGGACCCGUUCCGAAUUGCACUGCGACCCGACCACUAUUUCGUGACAAGGUAGCCCGGGCGCGUCAGUGCUAUCGAACGAAAUGUGGAAUCGGGGGAGCACUCGGAAUUGCCUCGCCAGCUUUUAGCUACUAAUCAUGCUUAAUGCAGCCCUCAACGCCGGACGUCGCCUUCGGUUCUCAUCGGAGCUCGGCCGGGCAGCAGCGACAAGCAUCACUCGUUCCGCGGCCUACCGCGUUCCCUCGUCGGUGUGGUCUUGCUGGCAGGCGAGACCAUGGUCACCGCCCUGCGCUACUACGGGAUCCCAACGUUUGCUUUUGAUUGCGGCCCACGAGGAAGGAUAUCCAGUGUGCUGCUCGACAUUUGCCAUGCUCCCAACGUCCUCCCACAGGAGAUGGCCUUGAGCACCACCCGUACAGUGGCUGGCCGCGUUGGCUCCAUUGCAUUGUAUCACCCAUGACGUCCUGCUGGCAGACGGGACUUGGUUUGGAGCCCUGCUACUAAUGAAUCUUGACCUCAGCUUUCGGUGGCGGCCCUCCAGUACGAUAUCCAGUGUGCUGCUCCACGUUUGCCAUCCUCCCAACGUCCCCACAUGAGAUGGCCUUGAGCACCAGUUGUACCGUGGCCGACCGCGCUCCAACGCCGGUGUGCGGUCUUGAUAGCAGACGAGACUGCUCAUCACCCUGCACCACUACGUAAUCCCAACGUCUGCUUUCGAUUGUGGCCUACGAGUAGGAAGGACAUCAGUGUCCUUGCCAUCCUCCCAACGUCCCACAGGAGAUGGCCUUGAGCACCACUCGCACCGUGGCAGACCGUGCUUGUUGCAUUGCAUUCCCUCACCGAUGGCGGCCUCCAGGCAGACGGGACUUUCUCCUACUACUGAUGUUCGUUUUCGAUGGCGGUGCACGAGGACAUUCCAGGCAGUGUUUCCAAAAGAUGAGAUCACAUUGAGCUGUAAUCGUCCCAUGGCUGUCCACCUGAGCACAUCGGCCGACAACUGUGGUCAUAGAAGUCUGAGUGUGGCCACAAACAGAGGACCUGCGGAGCAACCCCUCAUCACAGCGAGCGUCUUUCUGCGCGACGAGCUUAAAUGCUCAUCAAGUAAGAUAGAUGCCAGAUAUUCUCCAAGCUGGCGAGGGUGGCGCACGCUUUUGUGAAGUUGUCAGUUGAGUGUAGCUGUAUACGAAAAUUACGUAAGUUUAUUUUAGGUGAUUAAUUGUAAGCCCGAAGUUUGUGGGCACUGCUGCGGCCACAUCGGGUCGUCUCCGUGGCUGAAUCGAAGAGGACGGACCACACCCGUGGUGGCGGCGGGUGUAGCUUCAGGCUUAGCGAAUUGCGGGCAGGCUUAGCUGACAGCCGUCCUCUUUCGAUUGCGCCAGGGACAUUGACCCGUUCUGCAUGUCCUUGCGACCCGACCACUAUUUCGUGACAAGGUAGCCCGGGCGCGUCAGUGCUAUCCAGCGAAAUGUGGAUUCGUGGAAGCAAACGACAUCCGGAAUUGCCUCGCCAGCUUUAGCUGCCGCGGCAUCGGACGUCGCCUUGUGUCUGCAGCGGAGCUCGGCCCUGCAGCAGCUAAUGUAAGUGUUUCAUUUCGUUGCAGUUGCAGCUGUACGUUUUUGGCGUUUACGUCCCUCCCUUCGUUGCAGAGGAUGACCUUGAAAACCACUCGUAUACCGUCGCCGACCGUGUUGGCUUCGCAUUCCCUCGCCAGUGGUCUUGUUGGUGAACGAUACUUUGUACCUCGCCCGGCACUACUCCUGGCAAGUACCUUGAACAUUCGAAUCGUACUGUAGCUGUGUUCUCGAGUGUUUAAUAAGCCUCUCGUGUUUUCAGGUCCCGACCGUCUGCGUUCGAUUGCGGCUAUUCACAAGGAUAUCUGGCGCGCUUCUGCGCAGUCUAGUCUCCGGCCUACGCUACAAAGACGCAUUUGAGUUCUACUCGUCCUAUGUGGCCGGCCGUGUUAAAUCUGCGUUUUCUCUCCUGUGGCUUCCUUCUGGGAGACAGUGUCGUUCGGCUCCCUGCGUUAGUUCUGGCAAGAACCAUGUACACUUCAAUCUUACUAUGGAUGUGUUCUCGCGAGAAGUUGUUCGAAUGACGGCUCUUCUUCGUGUUCUCUGACUGCUGUUAUCCUUUAUUCUGUUGCUACACGUUCUCGGGGCCGCAGAAACUUUGUGGGCUCCCGAAGAAACUUGCUGUCGUCUGUCUUUAAUAUGCAGACGCUCGAGGUUUGGUUUAUGCUUGGGAAAGCUUCCUUCGCCACGCAUAUUUCCCGAUAGGCUCUUAAAUGUCGCUCUCCACGUAAGACUUUCAGUUCCUGGUGACAUUUCAGAGCUGCUUUCAUUUUCGCACCUCUAAAUUCUUUCGUGUACUCGGAGGGCCAUAUUUUUCGGGCUUCAGUCUCCACUUUUAUUAAAGGUUGCUGUCCUAUUCCUCUGUUUUGUUUCCGCCGGUGGGUUCUAAAGGAGUUAGGGUAUAUGUCCUCCAGGUUCAUCGUAAAUUUAUGUUAGCGAUUUGUUGUUCAUGAUAUCCUCUACUUCAUAUGUUAAGGUAUAUAAUUAUCCAAAAUGCCGUAAACAUCGGCCAAUCACUUUUCGUAGUUGACUUGAAACUAUGGAUGAUCCUUUCAUAGAAAUCCCCCCACCACGGAGCAUUUUCCAAAAGGCAUUUACAUUUGGUGAUUGGUGACGAAAUCUCGAGUUGUUUCGCGAUGUAAUGUUGUAGUGAACGCAUUCAAUUCCUUAUCAGUUUUCUGAAAGUCUUUCGUUGUCGUUUAGCACGUUUCUUUUCGAGCCAGGAAGCGCCAAAAAGCUUGUAGAAAACUGAGGUGAAGCGUCUCUAACAAUUUCUAAGUGUACUGCUCUUGUGACGGCACAUGUAAAAAAUACUACGUAAAGUUUGACAAUGUCACUUUUUGUUGUAGUUGCUCCCAGAGCACCUGUAUAAUGUAAGUCAGCUAUUUCAAACGGUGCGGUCUUCGUCACCCUAUCGGCAGGAAGAGGAUGUACUGUUACAGUGGUCUGGAAUUGUACCAAGGGUCUGCAAUUGUACCGUUGUGCAACAGCUGUCACACAACGCACUGUCAUAUUACGUCUUUCACUUAUUUUCGUCCUCCGAUUACCCACAAUUUGUUUCUUAUACGAGUCAGUGUGUCACGCACUCCUGUCGUGACAAGGUUGUUCAUGUACGUGUCGAACCAAUGGUGUCGAGAGAUUUAUUCCAUGUGUGACGAGGUUUAUUGUCGUUGAUAACGUUGCUGGAAUGCUAGGUACAGGAAGGCACUGCAAGGGUUGUUCGUAGCACGGGGUUCACUCGCGAUCACGACACGGUCCUUCGUCUUCCUCUUCAGUCGGCACAUAAACAGGGGCGCCUCUGCUUCAUUACAAUGCCCCGGGAGCGAAGCAUAGCCAUCCUGGCGACUCAGGGUGCAGAGGUGAAUGAGUCGUAAUACGGUUUCAGGCGGUUGACAUGUACUAUCUCUCGCCCACGACGACGCAGGUCUGGUGACACUGAGCGGCUCAACGAUGUAGUUGACCGGUGAAGUGGCAUCGAUGAUACGGUACGGACCGUGAUAACGCGCCAGGAGUUUCGAAGAGAGGCCAGGAAUGUGGGCUGGUAUCCAAAGCCAAACAAGCGAACCGGGAGCAAAGCUUGGUGGUGGUUGAUGAGUAUGGUCAUGUCGUCUUUUGACGUUCUUGAGUCGAGUCUCGCUAGUGAGGGAACGUGCCAGCUGACGGCAAUCUUCAUACUUGGCGACUUCGGAAAGCGGAGUGUACUCUGCGGCGUCAGGUUGGUACGGCCGUAUGGUGUCCAAAGGGCAAGAAGGCUCGCGGCCAUACAUAAGGAACAAGGGGGAAAGCCGGUAGUCGCUUGCGUCGCGGUGUUGUAUGCGAACGUGACAAACGCGCGAACGUGGAAGUACGGUGUCCCAGCUGGAGUGGUCGGAUGAAAUAUACAUCCGCAACAUGUCGCCAUGUGUGCGAUUGAACAGCUAGGUCAGGCCGUUGGUUUGGGGAUGGUUCGCGGUCGAUUUUCGGUGAAUGAUCCUGCACUCGGCGAGGAGGGCGAUGCCCUCCAAGAAGACGUGGUCCCUAUCACUCAGUAUUCGCCACAGUUCUCGGGGCGCACUGUGGCGAAGAACAAAAUUGCGAAGGAUGAAAAAAACUUCACGGGCGGCCGCUGCCAGCAGAGCUGCAAUCUCAGCGUAGCGAGUAAGAUGAUUUACGCCGACAAUAAUCCACCGAUUUUCACACCCGCUGCAUGGAAGCGGGCCGUAGAGGUCGAUGCCGACGCGGUCGAACGGACGAGCCGGGCAUGGUAGCGGCUGCAGCAAUCCUGUGAAACGCUGCGUGUCUUGCCCUGUUGGCAAGUAGUACAAGCCUGAAUGUACUUUUGCAUUAAGUUGUACAUGCCUCGCCAAUAAUAGCGCUGACGCAAGCUUGUGUAAGUUUUGAGGACGCCGGCAUGAGUGCUUAGGGGAUCAGCGUGAAAAGACGUGCAGAUGUCGGAGCGCAUAUGACGAGGUAUAGCAAGGAGCCAUUUCCGACCGUCGCGCAUAUAGUUGCGGCGAUAUAGAAGUCUCGCACGGAAAAAUGGGUUGCUUGGCGACGCAGUGCUCGUGUCGAAGGGACAUCAGACGGAGCGGCAAGGUAGUCAAGUAACAUUGCAAGUGUUGGGUCCUUGCGCUGCUCAGUGAACAUGUCGGUGAUGGUCAACGGUGACGGGGUGGACGAGGAAUCUGAAGACGCCAAAUCAGGCGUCAGUGGGGAACGGGAGAGCGCAUCAGCGUCCGAGCGCUUGCGACCGGAUCGGUACAUGACGCGGAUGUCGUACUCUUGCAAGCGAAGCGCCCAAUGUCCUAAGCGUCUUGACGGGUCUUUCAAGGAAGAAAGCCAACAAAGGGCAUGGUGGUCAGUAACUACGGCGAAAGAACGGCCGUAAAGGUAUGGGCGAAACUUGCUUAGUGCCCAGGUGAUCGCUAGGCACUCCUUUUCUCACUAAUUUAAUUCUGCUUUCCUAGAGUACCGCUCGCAUAAGCGACGACGUAUUCAUCAUAGCCAGCUUUCCGUUGCGCUAAGACCGCACCAAGGCCAACUCCGCUGGCGUCAGUGUGAACUUCCGUGAGAGCAGCGGGGUCGUAGCGGCGAAGUAAUCGGUGGUGAGGUCAACAAGUGGCGCAAAUUCAGGUGACCACGCUGCUAUGCCGUUACUGGCGGAAAGAAAGUUAUCAAGGGCGCCAUGAUGGAUGCGAAGUUGCGUAGGAAGCGACGAAAAUGCGAACAUAAGCCAAUAAAGCUUCUGAGGGUUUUGAUAGACGUGGGCGUUGGGAAGUCUGCAACGGUGUGGACCUUCUCUGGGACCGGGAGGACGCCGUAUUUUGAGACUACGUGCCCCAAGAUGGUUAGCUAGCUUGCAGCAAAACAGCACUUUUUGAGGUUGAGCUGUAGGCCGGCAGAGGCGAGACAGGUCAGAAUGUCAUGCAGGCGAGCGAGGUUGAGAAGACAAUGUUGUCGAGGUAACAUAGACAGGCCGGUUGUCUUCAGUGCGCCACGUCUCGGUUGGACGAAAAAAACUGCGGUGACGGUCGGGCAACUGGAAAUGAAGCCGGAUGCAUGGGCAAUGAAAAGGAAGCUGUCGGCGGAGGUGGCCGUGCAACCACGGCUGCGUAACUGAGCGGCAGCGACGUAGGGUGAUAGGUACUCGGUAUAGGACAGCGCCAUACUCAAAGGAUUGGGUGGGGCAGUUGUAGGAGCUGCAGGAAGCGCUUCAGAUACGAGUCCGGAUGGCUUGCUGUAGCGUUGGAGUCAAAGUUGCCGUGGGUGCGUCGCUGUGAUGCAGCAGCGAGAGCAGCCUGGCCACCUCUUCACGAAUAAAAUCUGAUAUGCUGCGAUAGGGUCGAGUUGGGCAGAAGGUCGGUAGAAACCUCGAUGCUCGAGACGGAAUCGGCGUGCUGGAUGUUCUGGCGGGCGAUGGAACGUUGGCGGCGCAGCUCGUCAAAGCUCUAUAGGCUAGUUGGGCUUUUUGCUGGCAACAUCUGGAAUGCGCCGUCCUCGAUUCCCUUGAGAAUAUGCUUGAUCUUGUCAUCCUCUGACAUGCUGGGAUUUACCCGCUUGCACAAAUCGAGAACAUCCUCGAUAAAGCUGGGGAAUGUCUCUCCUGGCUGCUGUGCGCGCUGGCGCAGACGCUGUUCAGCGCGUAGCUUACGCACAUCGGGGCGAUUAAACACUACGGCAAAAAGGGUAUUACGCGCUGACCAGCUUGAAAAGUCUGAUUCGUGGUUGAAGAACCACAAUUUGGCUACGUCGGCGAGGUAGAAAGGCACGUGGGACAGCUUAAACUGGUCGUCCAAUUUGUUAUGGUCACUUACACGUUCGUACGGUGAGAGCCAGUCUUCCACGUCGUGAUCGGCGGUCUCAGUGAAAAUGGGUGGGUCACGUUGACGAGGGACGCCGGCGCAGACGACAGUGGCAGCCGGUGGUGCAGGCAACGAGGUGGCGGGAUCAGGCAGUGCAGGGCGAUCGUGUUGGUGCUGGCAGGGUUCGAGUGCGGAGCUCCAGGAUGAGGUGAAGGAUCCCAGCAACCUCCACCAAAUGCGACGAGGUUUAUUAUCAUUGAUAAUGUUGAUGGAACGCUAGAUACAGGAAGGCACUGCAAGGGCUGUUCGUAGCACGGGGUUCACUCGCGAUCACGGCACGGUCCUUCGUCUUGCUCUUCAGUCGGCAUAUAGAUGCACAGGGGCGCCUCUGGUACAUUACACAUGUAAUGUGAUCGAGUGCUGCUCGUCUUGUCAUAUGGGCCCUACCGAAGGCGCCCUUGUAGUCUCAAUAGGCCUCUUUUGUCUUCAGAUAUGGCAAUCGUGUUUUGUCUGCACAUUCGCUUGCUUACUGAAAUUCUUCAAUUCUCUUGUAAUGUCCACAUUUUCGUCUAGGGGAAUGGGACAUGUUUCGGCGGUAUUUAUUUCGUCUGCUUUUAGUGGACCGUUGACCUUGUCUUCUAAUAUUUACGCAACGAAAUGUUCACGCAGUUACUCUCCAAAUAUGCAAGUAACUGCCGAAUCUGUCAACUUCAACUCCUCGUCUUACGAUCAUUUCCGACGUAGAUCUAACACGUGAUUCAUGGUUUGUCCUUUCAUUAUUAUUCGGCUUUUUGAGACACGGUUAUUCUUUGGUUUGUAGCAACUCGGAUUCCUUCCACAAUUUUUGACGACGAAAUCUGUUCUACGGUGACACUUGUCAGAUCUGCUGUUAUUUUUUCAUUACCGCUGACGUAUCCCCAUUGUUUUCCAUUGCGUAAUCCAUUUCCUGCAGUCUGCGUUCAAUGGACGCUUUACGCAUUUUCUUUCUUUAUCCAAUACAGCCCAAUUGAGCAGUGGUCCAAAACUUUAGUUUGUCAUUUCUUGUUUUGGAUUGUUCUUGAUUUAACUCCACAUGACACAUUGUUGCUCGUAAGUUCGCAUUUUGCGAGACUGACGACGGUCUUCAUUAGAGUUACUGUCUUCCAGAAUCAGCACUGUAGUGCUAUUCGAGAGCGGAAACAGACAAUGUAUGCUGCACUUACACAUGCCGCCGUAUUUGCAUCCGAGCAAAUAAGUGUCAGUGGUUAUGUUGUUUCUUGUUGUCGAUGUACUGUCUAGGCAUUUAGUCUGAAUGUUCUUUAGCUUACUCGAUUCAUUCUUCCAUAGAUCAUUUAUAAUCGCCUGAAAGAGUUGUCGCGAGAUUCCGUUUGUUCCCAGUCAUUGAUUACCGAUAUUAGCUGUUUCAGUGAAGGACGUUAGGAAUUCCAGCGGACCAAAUAUUUUUGCCCUGACUUGAAGUACUAUGCGUUUCGUGAGCAUUUCACUCGUCAUUCGUCCAUAUUUUGAUAGUAUAGCAGAAUAUCGUAGGCCGCGUCCCAGUUCAUUUCUUAAACACGGGUCUCGCUUGAUCACGUAAGAACGGCAUCUUCAUGCGCAUAAAAAAUUUCUUCAGUUUUUGAUGUCCAUUUCCAAAGAUUCAUUGCAGCUCGGCGCAAAUGAUUUUUGCUUCAAUGUACCCACAUUUUGCCUGGUUUUCUGCAUCAUACAAGCAUAACGUCAACGCAAAUCGCAUUGCAUCUAUCAUUGAAAAUGAAUUGUUUCCAAAGUUAAUCAUUAGGUGUUAGUCUACCUGGAUUCAUUUCUUUCCCACGUCUGCUGUCAUCGCAACUGAGAUGCUUCGAAAAUUCAUUAGUGGUAGUACAUCUGUAUUCAAAUUUCCUCCUGUCUGAAGGUUUAGAAUGCCUUUUCCACGUCUGCUGUCAUUGCAACUGAGUGCUUUCGAAUGUUCAUACAGUGUUUGUAUGUCUGGAUUCCAUUUUUUUUCCUCCUUGAAGGUUUGCAUUCAGAUCAUUCCGGAUGUUGACCACGAAGUGUCAAAUACUGUUUCUAUGUUGCUAGUCGGUCUUCUCGAAUUGCUUGAUGCAGCAUGUAGUAUUUAACGUGUUCAGAUUCUUCCGACAGCGAUCGCUGUGCCAUUCCAGGUGUGCAAUAUCAUGCAUCGCAGAAUUGUACUUUCCUCUCAGUACUGAAUCUCUUUGCAUGGUAGUCUUAUCUCUCUCUCUCUCUCUCCCUCUCUCUCCAUCCUUCUGAACAGUCCCUGUGAAUUAUGUAACUAUAUGGUCCAAUUCAUGCAUUGUUUUUCAGAAGAGUUUCGGCAAUAUUUUCCAUUUUCCCCAACUUUCUGCUUUCGUAAAUUUCCUCAGUUCCUGCGGUGAGCAGAACCGUGACGGGUUUCGCGUUUCGUACUUCUAAUUGCAGGCCACAUGGACCGUGGAGAAUCCAGUCGAUAAUGCUUUCAAUUGUACGUUCGUUUAGUCAUUUUACCGGUUUUGUUAUCGGUUCCCAGUAAAAAUUGAAUCCAAGCGUCUCUUGCGUUUUUCACCGUUGUCAUCCACAAUCUUUAUUCCCAUCGUUUUGGUAUAUCUUGUCGUCGGGUCGACGAAGUCGUCCUUUCGAUAUUACGUUAUUUCAAUGGCGUUGAUUAGUUAUAAUUAACCAUCUGGAUUUUGAUUUGAUAAAGCGAGAAGACUUUAGUAGGAUCUAACUUCGCCCGAAUGCUCCCAUCGUGUCAGUGCGGUCGUCUAAACCCUUCCAAUUUUCAAAAUACAGGCUUACAUUCACGAAGUAGGGGUGGCUUCUAUUUUCUUUUGCGGUUGCUCUCGGCUCCACGGCAUCCGUUCCCGAUUGCCUAUCGCAUGUCAGCUAGCUCAUUUUUCUUCACUGUUGUCGUUCUUGGUGGCGAGGGUCGAUUCCAGGUUCUGGGCUUCUAUUUUCGAUUUCGGCCCACAAGAAAACCCAGCCCGCCCCUGCACAUUGACUCUGCGGUCUACGCUCCAGACUUCGUGCACGAGCACCACCCGUUCCAGGAGCGACUGUCAUUACUUCUACAUUCUCUCGCCGAUGGCGUCCUGCGGGCAGACUCGACUGCCUUCCUCACUCUGCACUACUACUGGUUCUGAGCUCAUCUUCGAUUGCGGUCCACAAGGACACUCUCCAGUCUACGCUCCAGAGAUUACUUCGUGCACGAGCACCACCCGUUCCAGGAGCGACUGUCAUUACUUCUACAUUCUCUCGCCGAUGGCGUCCUGCGGGCAGACUCGACUGCCUUCCUCACUCUGCACUACUACUGGUUCUGAGCUCAUCUUCGAUUGCGGUCCACAAGGACACUCUCCAGUCUACGCUCCAGAGAUUACUUCGUGCACGAGCACCACCCGUUCCAGGAGCGACUGUCAUUACUUCUACAUUCUCUCGCCGAUGGCGUCCUGCGGGCAGACUCGACUGCCUUCCUCACUCUGCACUACUACUGGUUCUGAGCUCAUCUUCGAUUGCGGUCCACAAGGACACUCUCCAGUCUACGCUCCAGAGAUUACUUCGUGCACGAGCACCACCCGUUCCAGGAGCGACUGUCAUUACUUCUACAUUCUCUCGCCGAUGGCGUCCUGCGGGCAGACUCGACUGCCUUCCUCACUCUGCACUACUACUGGUUCUGAGCUCAUCUUCGAUUGCGGUCCACAAGGACACUCUCCAGUCUACGCUCCAGAGAUUACUUCGUGCACGAGCACCACCCGUUCCAGGAGCGACUGUCAUUACUUCUACAUUCUCUCGCCGAUGGCGUCCUGCGGGCAGACUCGACUGCCUUCCUCACUCUGCACUACUACUGGUUCUGAGCUCAUCUUCGAUUGCGGUCCACAAGGACACUCUCCAGUCUACGCUCCAGAGAUUACUUCGUGCACGAGCACCACCCGUUCCAGGAGCGACUGUCAUUACUUCUACAUUCUCUCGCCGUUGGCGUCCUGCGAGCAGACUCGACUGCCUUCCUCACUCUGCACUACUACUGGUUCUGAGCUCAUCUUCGAUUGCGGUCCACAAGGACACUCUCCAGUCUACGCUCCAGAGAUUACUUCGUGCACGAGCACCACCCGUUCCAGGAGCGACUGUCAUCACUUCUGCAUUCCCUCGCCGAUGGCAUCUUGCGGGCAGACUCGACCGUCUUCCUCACCCUGCACUACUACUGGUUCUCGGCUCAUGUUCGUUUGCGGUCCAUAAAGACACCCAGCCCGCCCCUGCACAUAGACUUUCCGGUCUACGCUCCAGAGUCGAUUACUACGCGCUCCACUCGUCCUGUGACCGACCAUGUUUGCAUUGCUACAUUCUCUCGCCGUUGGCGUCCUACUGGUACACUGGAUCUAUCCUGGAGCCCUUGCACUUAAUAUGGUUGCGAGGCCGUUAUCGCCUGUGGCGCGAGAUAAUUGUUCCGGCACGCUCACUUACAAGGACACUCCUGGCCUUCAAGAGCGACAAUCUUCAGCCCGAUUGUCCUGACGCAGACUCUAAACAGCCCGCUUCCUUUGACCUCUGAAACCGUCGUACGCCUCCGGAUUGGCUGUGUCCUGCACUGUGAUGGCAGCGUGUUAUUGCUCCGAAGGACUGCUUGUAGUCGCCGUUCCGCGACCCUCCAUCGGAUGUACUUCUACUGUUCUUCUCUGUUAACUUUUUUUUACGCAGGCAUAUUUAAUGUUUCGUAUAGCAAGCUUUUCUGCUUUAAGAGUGCUACGUCGCCCAGCGAAUGGACCGCGCUUCUAGCAAUUGGGAUAAUACGAAGCAGAACAGUAAGGUCUGGUUACGUAGACACCACCCAGUUUUUCAGAAGGGUUGUUGAAGUCUUCAUGAGCUGAUCUGUAAAUUUUUGGUGGCGAGAGUAAUGGACAUUCAUUCACAUUGUGCACUUUUGUAGUAGUACGGUGUGUGUGUGUGUGUGUGUGUGUGUGUGUGUGUGUGUGUGUGUGUGUGUGUGUGUGUGUGUGUGUGUGUGUGUGUGUGUGUGUGUUACCCGUACUGGUUUGUUCGCAAGGGUGGCUGAACGGGCGUGUUGAUAGUUUCAUCUUUGGUUAGCAGCGCGACAAUCUACAUGGAAGCGAGAGAAGGGAUAGGAAAGAGCUGUUUCCUAUCCCUUCUCUCGCUUCCAUGUAGAUCGUCGCGCUGCUAACCAAAGAUGAAACUGGUUUGUUCAUUUCGUAUGUGGCCACCUUUUCUGUGCUUUUGUUAUAUCGUGAACGGAUGUAUGACAAAGCUUCAGCGCUAUUCGGUGCACGUCGAAUUCAUUAUAUUUCGGUAGCAUUUCCAGUGUCACCGUUGUAUCCACAAAGGCCGUUUAUGGUUCAUUUCUCCGGUUCAUCCCGGUGGAAAGCUGCCUGGUUUGAUGGCUAUCGUCCAUGGCAUCCGCUUUUGGAUUGGUUGAACAACUCGUUUCAUUGGCUUUGUUCCUUGGGUUGAUAUCGGUACUCGUUUCAGCAUUCAGCGAAGUUGUUACGGAAUCCUUCUCGUAUCGGAAAUGAGGGCUUCUUACUUAUUGUCGGUUUUUCCAAGUCGCUCAUCGCCGACUCAUAAGAUCAACAUGCCACUACAAAAUCACACAAUGCCAAUGAAUGGGAAAGAGGGGGGUAGUUACUCUCGCCAGCAAAAAUUUCCUGAUUAGCUCAUGAUGGUAAUGACGACCUAUUUAAAAACUGGUUGGUGAUGAAUGUCGCCAUGCUCGCUGUUCCUAGUUUUGAUGUGUCUGAAGCAUUAAAUGCUUUUAUGGAUAAGUGACUGUACGCGGAUAUGAGCAUCCUCUUUGAAAUAGUGUGCUGCUCACGCCGUGCGUUGUCUGCGUCACUCAUCAGCCCGUAAAACUGCGGUUCGUAAGAUAAGUCAGCGGUGGAACCUCGCAAGGAUUUGUUGCCAUCGUAGACACUGUCACCGCUUGUUCACCGCGUAUGAUGUGCCGCAUUGGCACCAUGGUUUGAUUGGGAUUUGUGUGCAUAAUUAUUAUGCACUGCGCAAGGUCAGUGUAAACCGCCAUGACGCCCUUGAUGCGCGUAUCUGAUCUCGUUGCCUAUUCAGUCGAGAUUAUGCACAGUUUUGUCAUUUCGUGCUUGAAGUAUUCAGCUUGAGCCAUUGUCAAACGACUGCUUCAAAUGGGCUACAUUUAUUCCCCCUUAUGCCAAUUAUGUGUAAACACGUCUAGACCAGUGCACGAGCGCGCGCAAUGAAAUAUUUAAAAGAAAAUGUCCGCUUUCAUUGUACUUUUUGUUUAAGCGACUAGUUUACCAGUUUCUCUUGUACCUUUUACUGUACGCUGAAGUAAUCUUUACAUUGCUCUUCGAAUGCACUUGAAUGCGUUUGCUUCGAAUAGUUUGAAUUUUAUCAUGCUUCUGUUGUCCUAAUGUCGAUUUAAGGACGCACACCUUGAGUUAUUACUUUCAAUGUUAUCAGUAAUCUGUAAUAACCGUGUCCCCACGCUGCUUGAAAACUUAAAAGGUGAGCAAUGUCAUUGGCAAAUUACCUGUACCGCUGUGAUGGGAAGUCAAGAAACCACCACAUGCUCGAUGCUGCUUAAAAUGUCGUACUCAUUUUUCUUGACCCCGAACAUGCAUAAGGCCCUAUGGGGCCUUUCUGUAGGAAGUAUCUUUUUAUUUUCAUCGGUUAUAACGACAGUCCUGCAAUUACGCCACAGGAUACUCGCAAGCAGUUUACAAUACGAGCAGUGUGGAGAUUAACCAGCGUUACGUAGUGGAAAAGCCUUCAACACAACUGGUACAUGGACGCAGAGAAAGAACCCACCCACACAACACUCGACAGUAUAUAAUACGUAGCGAUGCACGACAUCACUGCACAAUGACAGGCCUGUGUGAUAUUGGAGGAUGUGACGUGGUAUAUAGGAUCGUAGUAGUUGUAAAUGUUUUUGUCCCUUCUGUGCGUUUCGCACCCAACUGGGAAAGUUCGCAUACUUGCAUGUUCUCUCGUUUCCUAAAGAAACAAGAAUCGGGGUAACUUUCCAUCUCCAUGCGAAGGUUCUGUACAACGCUUGCUCGUUUCAGGUGGUUCUAAUAGCUUAAAGCUGUAAAUCUUUGCAUGCAUAUGCAAAUAAAAACGCAAGUUUCUAUUCCUUGGCUUGUGCUGUAUCGCUUUCAUUUGGUGUGUUGUGCGAAAACCGUGUCUUGCAUUUUUAUACGUCAGUGUCUUGAAGCUGAAAUUGUCUGCUAUGUAAAUCCCGUUAUGUAUUUGAUGUGUUUGUAUACAAAUGCAUAAAUGCUCAUUCUGUACAUUAAAUGCAAUGUAUGCUGCUGUCUGCAGCACGGGGGAUAGUCCAAUCAGGCGGCAUUGAGUCGCUUUCAAUUUCAUUUACUUGAGUCUUGUUUUGCGCCGAUUGUAUUGAACAUGCAUUGCCUUAAACUGCACCUUAU